GAUAUUGGGUAUUGAGUACCGUCACGCGCAUUAAACAACGGUAUCGUCACAGAAGUUCGAUCGUUUUGGUUAUUCAUACACUUGUCGAUUCAUCCAUGCAUGAGUCGGAUAUGGUCGACGUAGUUUCUUCAAGACAGUGAAACAUCUGCCUAAGUACAUUACCAGUUUUCUCGCUAUAUUUGCAAACAAUCUUCGAAAUAUACCAACUUAGUGAUUAUCUUUCUAGGGAGUUUUUCAAAAUACCCAAGUUGAAUGACUUCUUUCCAAAAAGCGCUUGAAAAUCUCAAUGAAGGCACGGUAUGCAUCUGUGUCUGUGUCAGUAUGUGGCUAUUGUUGAUCGCUGCUAGAAUGGAUCAUGUCCUUAUGAUUCCGUAUUGGGCCGUUUUCCUACCACUUUGGUUAUGGAAGACAAUUGUUUUUGUUGGCUGGUUAGUUGGUCUAAUAGUAUGGUGUAAGCAUUGGAGAAUUCACACUGAUGAUUCAGAGCAUAGUUCUUUUGUUCCUCAGGAAGACCCUGCUCUCCCCUACAUCCAAGCAAUGUCCGUGUCAGCAUUUUUCCAUUUUCUCAUCAUGUGUUCUGAAGUGUUAUUAUGCAUUCAUCUCUCAGUUAAAUCAUCCAAUCUCACUUAUUUAACUAUACUGUCACCACUACUAGUUGUAGGCGCUUUGGGAGUAUUUGGAUUCCUCUUUGUUAUGAUCGAUUCAAGAGCAGCAUUCUCAGCAAAUGCACGACGUCGAAGACAACAUCACUCGCGACCUUUUAACAACAAUAAUAGUAGUAAUCCAGAUUCAUUUGUUGUUAUACCACGUUCGCGUCAUGUAUGUUCCUUUACACUAGAAUUAUGUAUUGCUGCUAAUCUCUUGCAACUUCUUUUCCUAAUUGCUCGGCUUGACAACUGGAUACGUUCUAACUGGGUUGUUACUUUUAUUCCAUCAUUCAUCUUGCUAGCAAUGGGAUUUUUGUUUUGUUUGGCAGGAUUAACUGUUGCGCUGAUCACAUAUUUUACUGCCUUCUUUAUUCCUGUAGCCCAACGUAGAUUAUCUGUAUGCUAUUAUACUUCACAUCUGUUAGUAGUUAUUUUUCUUUGUACAUCAUUAAUACUAUUAGGCUUAAGACUUGAUGGCUAUAUUUCCGCUUCAAAAGGUAGUGCGCUUUUAAUCUGUAUUCCUGUAUUGGUUAGUAUGUUCCUAUAUGCUUCACUAUCAUCUGGUCCUGGCAAUCCUUGGUGGUUUGGAUUGAAUCGUAAUGUGGUUCUUGCAGUAUUUGAAUCUUGUCCAACCUUACAACUUUGUGCCAACAAUCGUAUCACUAAAACUGGCCUCUGGGGGACGUCUCGAUAUCAUGGAGAUAACGAUGAUUUGAAUAAUACGCCAGCAAUGAGUUCGUAUCAUGUAAAUUCAGUGGAAACUCAAUAUGGUAAUCCUCCAUCAGCUGCUGAUCCUCUUACUGUUUGCGAAGUUUCUAGUGCGCACAAUCUCAAAACUUGUCCAAAUUGUGCAGUGGGUGGUUGUAAUUGGUGUUCAUCAGCUAGUACAAAGAAUAUUAACUGGCAGAAUGUUAACAUCUCAUCAGAAAUUUAUCAUUCCCACAAUUCUUAUUAUUCAGAUCAAUUACUUCAUCCUGAUUAAUUAGUUAUUUUAAAUACCUGGGAUAUUGUCAUUGAUGUUCAGUUGAAUGAACCUUCAUCUCAACCUGUAAUUACAAAUAAUUUUAUUCUUUCUGAUUAUUUGAAUAUUUUCGUUUUUCUGCGUAAUUUUUAUCUUGAAAUGUUUUACCUAGUGUAAGUGAAACGCACCACUACAACUAUUUCCUUUAGUUUAAUUUUCUUUAAUAUUCUCAGUAGUUUAAGAAAAAAAAUCAUUUCUUGAUUUGCUGUGGUUUUUUAUUUUCUUCUUUUAACCUCUAACUAAUUUAGGCAGCGCCAUCUUUAAAUAUACCUUUCUACUCUUUUCAUUGUUUCUGUCAUCAUAUUAACAAUACAAUUCCUAUUAUUUUCAAUAUGUAUACACAACACUACUUUAACAGUUCAGAAUUAGAAUUGGCAUUUUUAUUUUACUGUCAUCUGACAUUCAGUGUUGGUUGGAAUUCGUACUUACACAUCUCCACACCCUAUGUAUAUAUGUGUUCAGUAGUUACAUUUCGCAGCAUAUUUUGUGAUACAUCAUUAUUAGUCAUUAUAAUUAUUAAUGCUACUGCCAAACACAAAUUGUGUAAACUACUUUAAUGUUUCAACUCAUUUAGAAGUUGUUCAAUUAUAUUUUCAAUGGUUUAUUUACCAGCUCGUAUGACUUAUCUCUUAACUGUAAAUUAAUAGUCAAUCCGAAACGUUAAACUACAGAACAUGUUACCAUUAGUCAACCAUUAAUUUUUCCCUUGUUGUUAUUAUCGUAGAAGUUAGUAUUGACAAUGUCUUCAAGUUGUAUAAAUGCAGACUUAUUGAGAUCUCGAUGUUUGUAGUUUUGUUUGUCUUGCACCCCAUGUAAAUUUGCUGUUGGUUUUUGAUGUUGAUUAGGAACUAAUUCAGGCAGAAAAAGAGAAAAAAUUAGCAUAUUUCAGAGACGGUAGUCAUAAUAAAUGGUAUGUUAUAUUCAAUGAGUUUAAUUGAUUACUUCAUAUUUUAAUGCAUUAUAAGUACUUUUAGUAGUG